AUGGUCGUUAAAUGUUCUAUUUUGGGUUGUACAAAUCGAAAAGAUCGUGAGAAAGAGCUAGAGUUUUACCGCUUGCCUGCAGUAAUCACAAAUCAGGGCGAAGGUUGUGAAAAACUGAGCAAUGAACGGCGCAGAGAAUGGCUGGCAAAUAUCGGCCAGGACUUCGAAAAUAAGAAUCUACAGAAUGUCAGAGUCCGUUCUGCGCACUUUGUGAAUGGAAAGAAGUCGUAUCUCUAUAACAGUCUGUCACCCGACUGGGCCCCUACGCUGAAAUUUGGUAAGAAACGGCAUGCGUCAGAAACUGCUUCAGAUAGGUAUGACAUAAUGUUAGACCGAAACAGGCGAAAGUCUGCAAUAGAUGGAUCGGUUGUUGUUGCGGUCGAAGAAGAAAUAGCGAAUGACGGGUCACCUGAGGAGACUGGAAUGUAUUUCCAAACCGACAUCGACAAAGACCUUAUGGACGCUAUGCAGUCAGAGUUGCAGCAGUUACGCACAGAGAACACUGAUUUGAAAGAUAGGGUCAUGUCGCUUGAAACAAAGUUUUCCAUGGACUACUUUAGGAACUAUGAUGAGAAGGUCAAGCACCUCACAGGAUUACAGACUUAUACGACUCUACUGACUGAGGGUUCGAUGUCAGCGACAGUGUUGGAUCUGUUUGCGCGCAAGUUAAAAUUCCAGCAUUUACGAAAGGGCGAGACCAGUUGUCACCGCUUGAUGUAG